UGAAUUUACUGUAACUGAAACAUCUUUUUAAUCAUUAGCUCAAAUAUAUCGGAAAAGGAUAUGAAUGGAUUUUUUAAUCUUCUAUCUAUGUACAUCCAUCCACAAAUCUUUCUGGCGAAAAGUACUAUAUUCAGUCGGAAUAGUGUUGGGGAAGAUAUGUAUUUUCUUCAGCGAGGUAAUGUUCCAUACUUGAAGAAGAUGAUGAAACAGUAAAACGUGUGCUUGGACCAGGACAAUAUUUUGGAGAGAUUGCUUGUUUUCCUUAAUUCCUCGCACUGCAACGACUGUCACUAUGACAAUUGUGAUUUGAGUGUUCUCAAUAAACAAGAUUUGGAUAAUAUUCUUGAUAGAUACCCUCAAUUCAGGGAAAUCAUGACCACCAUUGCCUUGGAUCGUAAACUCAAAGGCACAACCUCAAACAGCUAUCUCAGACGCAAGAGCAUGACUGACCAAUCCUCCAAUGCAAACGUUGUUUAUGAUGAAAAGGGUAACAGGACUGAUGGUCAAGACAAGUUCUUCUUUUCUAAGAUAAUAGAUCGUAACUCAACAUUUGCACAAAUAUGGGAUCAUGGCACAGUUAUCUUGGCUUUCCUUUCAUCAUCAUUGGCUGUCUAUCAAGCAUGCUUCCUUACCCAUAACUCUGGAAUUGAUACUUUUGUAUUUCUUAUGGAUGUAUGGUUUGCAAUUGACAUGGUGAUUUGUUUCCACACAAGUUACUUUAACAAAAUGGGAGACAUUGUUGAAACCUUGGAUAAGAUUCAUGCACAUUAUGGAAAGGAUUGGAGGAGAUUUUUCAUUGAUUGUGUUACAAACUUUCCUUUUGAAGUUUUCGUCCAUUUUGUUCCAAUGGGUGGAACGUUGAGUGAGACCUACGCAAGAAAGUUGGCAAUUUUGUCUUAUCUACGAUUGAAUAGAGUUCUUAGGAUAAGGAAAUUUUUCAUUAUAUUGGCUGCAUGGGAGAGAGAUCUGCAAGAAAGAGUAUGCUUCUAUUUCUUCAUUAUAUUUUUGAUACAGGGAUUAUAAAUGUAUUUCAGCUUG